UUCUUAGCUCAAGUUGUUAAAACAACAAUGGCAGCUGAAGGGGCCAAGAAUGAAGUGAAAAUCACAAGCAAAACCCACGUCAAGCCCAACAAGAAGCUUGGGAGAAGAGAAUGUCAGUUGGUCACCUUUGAUCUUCCCUAUAUAGCCUUCUACUACAACCAGAAGUUGCUGAUCUACAAGGGUAAUAAUGGUAUUGACUUUGAGGGGAUGGUUGGUAAAUUGAAAGAGGGGCUAGGGGUAGUCUUGGAAGAAUUCAAUCAACUGGCUGGGAAGCUUGGGAAAGACGAAGAUGGAGUUUUUAAGGUUGUCUAUGAUGAUGACACGGACGGCGUGGAAGUCAUUGAGGCCUCUGCGGAUGAUGUCAGCGUGGACGAUCUAACGGUUGAGGAGGGCACAAGUGCUUUGAAGGACUUGAUUCCUUACAAUAAUGUAUUGAAUUUGGAGGGGCUUCAGCGUCCAUUAUUGGCUGUGCAGCUGACUAAGCUGAAAGACGGACUCGCGAUAGGCUUGGCGUUUAACCACGCCAUCCUGGAUGGUACAUCCACGUGGCACUUCAUGAUUUCAUGGGCCCAAAUCUGCAACGGAUCUACAGCAAUAGUGGAGCCACCGUUUCUGGAGCGGACCAAGGUCCGCGACACUCGCGUGAAGCUCGACCUCUCUCUACCGCCUAACCCAGUCAAUGGAUCCAACGGCGAAGCCAUGGUGGCUCCACCACUACGAGAGAGGGUAUUCAAGUUUUCCGAUGCGGCAAUUGCCAUGAUCAAGUCAAAUGUCAACGCAAAACUUCCAUCGGACGGUUCCAAACCGUUCUCUACUUUUCAGUCUCUCGCCGUUCAUAUCUGGCGCCACGUAAGCCAAACACGAGAACUGAAACCGGAAGACUACACUGUCUUCACCGUCUUCGCCGACUGCCGGAAACGCGUGGAUCCACCGAUGCCAGAGUCUUACUUCGGAAACCUCAUUCAGGCUGUGUUCACGGUCACAGCAGCCGGGAUGCUUCUGGCGAAUCCGCCGGAUUUCGGUGCGUCCCUCAUACAGAAAGCGAUCGAAGCACACAACGCUAAAGCUAUCAAUGAGCGGAACAAAGAGUGGGAAAAGGCCCCGAAGAUCUUUGAGUUCAAGGACGCGGGAGUGAAUUGCGUGGCGGUGGGUAGCUCGCCGAGGUCUAAGGUGUACAGUGUGGAUUUCGGGUUCGGGCAGCCGGAGAUUGUUCGAAGCGGGUCGAAUAAUAGGUUCGAUGGGAUGGUGUAUUUGUAUCAAGGGAAGAAGGGAGGGAUUGAUGUGGAGAUUAGCCUUACACCUGAUGUUAUGGAGAGGUUUGAGAAAAAUAAGGAGUUUCUGAUGGAGGAUUAGGCGAUGGAGAAUCUGAGGUUUGGUUCUGGUUUUAAUGUGUUUUUGUUUCUACGAGGAAAUGAAAGGGUUUGAAUUUAUGUUGUUCUUGUGAAUGUAAUAAUUGUCACACUUUAUCGUAUGAUAUGAAAAUUUUAUUGUUGUUGAUUA